CCUCCUCCUCAAUGUGAGGGGAGCGCCCGGACACAGCGCGCAUCCGGACCCAGCCGAGCCCCGGCGAGCCCCCCAGACCCUGCGCCCGGACCUCACGCCCCUCCCCUCCCAGACCCCGCACCCGCGGGUGCCCACCCCUCCGGCUUCCCCCCUUCCUCCCCCGCCGGCGACCGUACCUCCAUCCCCAGCAUCCUCCCCGCGCCCCUGCGAAUCCCCCGCACGACCAGCCCCAUUUAGCUCCCCACCCUCCUAGGGACCCCCUUCCGACCCUCCCCCGCGGCCCCUGCCCCCCGAGUCCCCCUUCCCCGCCUCUGCCUCCCCCGCACCCAUUCCUCUCCUCCCCAAGCCUCCGGUCCCCCUGUCCCUCCCUCUCCCCUCUUUGCCCCCGCUCCUGUCUUCCCCGCCCUCCCCGCCCAUUCAGCGCCCCCACCCAGGCCGGGGUGCACGGCCCGGCGCGCCUCCCUGGAGCAGCACCCAGGUCCCGGGGCUCCGACGGGGUGGGGGCGCAGGGCGGGGAGCAUGGGGAGGGGGCGCCCCGUGUGAUGGGCGGGGGGCGCAGGCGGAGGCGGCGGAGGCGGCGGCGACAGCGGAGCCGGGCCGGGGGCUCAGCGGGGUCCGGGGGCUGCGGGCGGCGAGCAGGGCGGCCCCAUGGCCGGGCCCCCCUGAGGCGGUCCAGGGGAGCCCCCUCCCCUCCCCAGCUCGGGGGUCUCGGGGCCCCAUGAGCCGGGGCGCGGGCGCGCUGCAGCGCCGGACAACGACCUACCUCAUCUCGCUGACCCUGGUCAAGCUCGAGUCGGUGCCGCCGCCGCCGCCUUCCCCGUCCGCGGCCGCAGCAGCCGGCGCCCCCGGGACCAGGGGCGCGGAGCCCGGGGAGCCGGGCAGCCCCCGCGGCUCGGAGGAGCCGGGCAAGAAGCGGCACGAGCGCCUCUUCCACCGGCAGGAUGCGCUGUGGAUCAGCACGAGCAGCGCGGGCGCGGGGGCCGCCGAGGGCGCCGAGACCCCCGCGCUGUCCCCGGCCCCGGCCAGUCCCGCCCGCCCCGUCUCCCCGGCUCCCGGCCGCCGCCUCUCCCUCUGGGCCGCCCCCCCGGGGCCCCCGCUUUCCGGGGGGCUGAGCCCCGACCCCAAGCCCGGGGCAGCUCCCGCCUCCUCCCGGCGCCCCCUGCUCAGCAGCCCGAGCUGGGGGGGCCCGGAGCCCGAAGGCCGGACGGGCGGCGGCGUCCCCGGCUCGUCCUCCCCGCACCCGGGCACGGGCAGCCGGCGGCUGAAGGUGGCGCCUCCUCCGCCGGCUCCCAAGCCUUGCAAGACCGUGACCACGAGUGGCGCCAAAGCCGGCGGCGGGGGCAAGGGCGCAGGGAGCCGCCUGUCAUGGCCCGAGAACGAGGGCAAGCCCAGGGUCAAGGGGUCAAAGAGCAGCGCCGGGCCCGGAGCUGCAGCCGCUGCUGCUGCGGCCGCAGGGGCGGGAGGAGCGGCAGCCGCGGCCUCUGGAGGGGUCGGAGCUGGGUCCGGAGCCCGAGGGAGGCUGUCCCCCCGGAAAGGCAAGAGCAAGACCUUGGACAACAGCGACUUGCACCCCGGACCACCUGCCGGCUCUCCUCCGCCCCUGUCCAUCCCGGCGCCCUCGGCUCCAGCCGCUGCUCUCACCGUCGCCGCGAUGCCAGCGGGGCCUGCACCUCCAAACACGCUGGAGCCCCCAGCUCCGGGGCUGAAACGCGGCCGGGAGGGGGGCCGAGCAUCCACUCGGGAUCGCAAGAUGCUCAAGUUUAUCAGCGGCAUCUUCACCAAGAGCACAGGGGGGCCUCCCGGUACCGGGCCCCCCGCCGGACCCCCGGGCCUGCCCUCUGGCAGCGGGUCCCGGGAGCUGCUGGGCACCGAGCUCCGCACCUCCCCUAAGGCCGUGGUCAACAGCCAGGAAUGGACUCUGAGCCGCUCCAUUCCUGAACUGCGCCUGGGUGUACUGGGCGAUGCCAGGAGUGGGAAGUCAUCGCUCAUCCAUCGGUUCCUGACUGGUUCCUACCAGGUGCUGGAGAAGACAGAGAGUGAGCAGCACAAGAAAGAGAUGUUGGUGGAUGGACAGACUCAUCUGGUGUUGAUCCGAGAGGAAGCUGGGGCACCUGAUGCCAAGUUCUCAGGCUGGGCAGAUGCUGUGAUCUUGGUCUUCAGCCUGGAGGAUGAGAACAGUUUCCAGGCCGUGAGCCGUCUCCACGGGCAGCUGAGCUCCCUUCGGGGGGAGGGACGAGGAGGUCUGGCGCUGGCGUUGGUGGGGACACAAGACAGGAUCAGCGCUUCCUCCCCCCGGGUGGUGGGCGACGCUCGUGCCAGAGCGCUGUGCGCGGACAUGAAACGCUGCAGCUACUACGAGACGUGUGCGACCUACGGGCUCAACGUGGACCGCGUCUUCCAGGAGGUGGCCCAGAAGGUGGUGACCUUACGCAAACAGCAACAGCUCCUGGCUGCCUGCAAAUCCCUGCCUAGCUCCCCAAGCCACUCAGCUGCUUCCACUCCCGUAGCUGGGCAGGCUAGUAACGGGGGCCACACUAGCGACUACUCUUCUUCCCUCCCGUCCUCACCCAACGUGGGUCAUCGCGAGCUCCGAGCUGAGGCAGUGGCCGUGGCUGGACUGAGCACACCAGGGUCCCUGCACCGGGCAGCCAAGCGCAGGACCAGCCUUUUUGCGAAUCGCCGGGGCAGCGACUCUGAAAAGCGGAGCUUGGACAGUCGGGGAGAGACAACGGGGAGUGGGCGAGCCAUUCCCAUUAAGCAGAGCUUCCUACUGAAGCGAAGCGGCAAUUCCUUGAACAAAGAGUGGAAGAAGAAAUACGUGACCCUGUCCAGUAACGGCUUCCUGCUCUACCACCCCAGCAUUAACGACUACAUCCACAGUACCCACGGCAAGGAGAUGGACUUGCUACGAACAACAGUCAAAGUCCCUGGCAAGCGGCCCCCACGGGCCAUCUCUGCUUUCGGCCCCUCAGCCAGCAUCAAUGGGCUCGUCAAGGACAUGAGCACCGUCCAGAUGGGUGAAGGCCCUGACGCCACUACUCCCACUCCAAGCUCCAGCUCCAGCCCAAGUUCCCUGCAGCCACCAUCAGACCAGACAUCCAAGCACUUGCUGAAGCCAGACCGGAAUUUGGCCCGAGCCCUCAGCACUGACUGUACCCCAUCUGGAGACCUGAGCCUGAGCCGGGAACCCCCUCCUUCUCCCAUGGUGAAGAAGCAGAGGAGGAAAAAAUUGACAACACCGUCUAAGACGGAAGGCUCCGCUGGACAGGCUGAAGCCAAGCGCAAAAUGUGGAAACUAAAAUCCUUUGGUAGUUUAAGAAAUAUUUAUAAAGCAGAGGAAAACUUCGAGUUCUUGAUCGUGUCCAGCACUGGUCAGACGUGGCACUUUGAGGCCGCCAGUUUUGAGGAGCGGGAUGCCUGGGUCCAGGCAAUCGAGAGUCAGAUCCUAGCCAGCCUGCAAUGCUGUGAGAGCAGCAAGGUCAAGCUGCGCACAGACAGCCAAAGCGAAGCCGUGGCUAUCCAGGCGAUCCGGAACGCCAAGGGGAACUCCAUCUGCGUGGACUGCGGGGCUCCCAACCCCACGUGGGCCAGUUUGAACCUGGGCGCGCUCAUCUGCAUCGAGUGCUCGGGCAUCCACCGGAACCUGGGCACGCACCUGUCCCGCGUGCGCUCGCUGGAUCUGGACGACUGGCCCCGGGAGCUGACCCUGGUGCUGACGGCGAUUGGCAAUGACAUGGCGAACCGCGUGUGGGAGAGCAACACGCGGGGCCGAGCCAAACCCACGCGGGACUCCUCGCGGGAGGAGCGUGAGUCCUGGAUUCGCGCCAAGUACGAGCAGCUGCUGUUCCUGGCGCCGCUGGGCGCUCCGGAGGAGCCGCUGGGCCGCCAGCUGUGGGCCGCCGUGCAGGCCCAGGACGUGGCCGCCGUCCUCCUGCUUCUGGCCCACGCGCGACACGGGCCGCUGGACACCAGCGUCGAGGACCCGCAGCUUCGCUCCCCGCUGCACCUGGCGGCCGAGCUGGCCCACGUGGUCAUCACGCAGCUGCUGGUGUGGUACGGCGCCGACGUGGCCGCCCGGGACGCGCAGGGCCGCACCGCGCUGUUCUACGCCCGCCAGGCCGGGAGCCAGCUGUGCGCCGACAUCCUCCUGCAGCACGGCUGCCCCGGCGAGGGCGGCAGCGCGGCCGCCGCGCCCGGCAUCCUCGCCACGCCCAGCCCCCGCCGCCGCAGCAGCGCCGCCAGCCUGGGCCGCGCCGACGCCCCCGUCGCGCUGGUAUAGUUGCCCGGCGGGAGAGACACCCCCACGGGCCGCCGAGCACGACCGCACCGGGUGGACCGCUGGACAGAUGCACCCACUCACCACUCCAGUCCGCCCCCCCACGCCCCGUGAGAGCACUUCUUCCCCCCACGAAGGCACAGCCCUCACGCCCCCCUUCCCCCCCAGAAGACACAAACUCACCUCCCUCUCCCCCACGAGGCAUGGAGACCCCGCCCAACACGCCCCCCUCCUCUCCCUCCACUGUUUGCACCCUCGGAUUGCUCUGGGUCUACCCGUUUGGUGUUUGAGGAAGGGGACGCCCGCGCUUCCCCUGCCCCUGGGCCAGCGAUGCCCACUCGCGCCCCCUAAGGGCGGGGGAAACGAUCCCGUCCUGCCUGUGCUUGACAAUCCCAAGGCCUGGAGCACACCCCCAGGCUGGCUCCUGGGGCCACGCCGCCGAGCCAGAGGGAGGGCUUCAUUGGGGAGGGCUAGCCCCGGGACUUGGGGCCAAUAAGGGACCCUACCCCUUCCAUGCUAAUCUCACUGCCCAGUGAAGGGGAAGGGCAGCGAGGGGCAGGACCCCUGCUGCCCACGAGGGGUAGGGGGUCCCCAACCCUUUCCGUGAAAGGGACCAUGAGGAGUGGAAAUCCAGACGUCCCCCUAAAGCCACCCAUGGAUGGAAGCUAAAGGGCUGGGGGAGCCAGGAGCCUGGGCCCCUCUUCAUUAACUAUCUGAGGAGGGAGGAGGGAUGGAGCAGGAGCAGGCUAAGGGGGCUGGGUAGCAGCCUUGUAAUUUAUUGCUUUGUUCCCCAACAAGGGGACAGGGGUGGGCAGGGGCUUGGGGAGGGCAUUUCAGGGUAGGGAACGCCAAGGGUGGGAAGAGGGUGGGGUAGGGCGGGGGUGCUCUUGGGUUGUGAGUGUCUGUGACCGUGACUGCGUACCUGUGACUGUGCAGCGCCCGUGGUGAUCUGGGGUAGGGGGCACCCCUACAAUGGGACCCCUGUCCCACUAUUUUUCAUAUACAGCCCCUCCCUCCCACUGGAGCUUCUCCAGACCCAUCCCUCCACCCCACGAUCCCUCCCAGCCAGGGUAAAAAGGUGUGAGGUGGCUGGGAGGGUUUCCAGGCCCGCUGCCCUAUCCCCAGAAAAUGGGCGGUGGGGUGGACUUACCUGGCCCCGCCCUGCCUCCCUCAGUCAACCCAGGUCCUCUGUGUCAGUGGUUUCGGUCAUUUUUUUUUUUUUUUUUCUUGGCUAAAAUAUUUUGCAAAGGACCAGGUCAUUGGGAAGGGGAGGGGGCAUUGCCCCCAUCUCCUCAGACAGGUGGUGUGAAUCUUCAACAGCAAUUAAAGAGGAAAUGAUUUUGUCUA